AGGGCCGGCGGUGCGGCCACUCCUCCUACACUGCUCCGGUUUGAAGGGUCGUGCGCCGGAGCUGGGGAGGAGAGAGCGAUGUGAGUGCUCCGGGAGUGCGGCCGGGGCAAAACUCCUGCCUCUUCCCUCCUUUCCUUCCUCUGGCCUCUCCGUUUCAACCUCUGAAGCAACGGGACUUGUUUUGCCUUCCUGAUGGCCCCGGCCCCACCUCGCUUGGGCUUUCUGCUCCUCCUGGCUUGCUGCUUCUCCCCCUCUGAAAUGCAGCUCCUGGACUGGGUUUGGGGCAGCACGAAGACCACGGGAAGCCCAGCGAUACCCAGCGAGGAAACUACAGCACCGGAGCCACUUGCCUCUGCAGCAGCUCCCACCCCCAGCAUGUCCCCAGGGACAUGGGAUGGGCAGGUGGUGGGGGACGUCACCACCCCACAGCGCCAGGAGCUGGAUCCCAGCACAGCAACACCUAUGGGCAAGGGGACCGUGGCCGAAAACACCGAGCAGUGGGAUUGGAAUGCCACGGGGCUGGUGGAGAGCACUGCACGGCCAAGCAUUGCUCCUCCCCGCAGCACGUCACUUGCCCCUGACCAGGAUGUGGCCAGCAGCUCCACCGAUGACCCGCAGCUCCUGGGGACAGGGACCACUAAGGACCCACAGCUCCUGGCGACAGGGACCACCGAGGACCUGCAGCUCCUGGGGAUGGGGAACACCGAGGACCCGCAGCUCCUGGGGACAAGCAACACCAAGGACCCGCAGUUCCUGGGGACGGGGACCCCUGCAGCGACCAGGACACAGGUGUCCUUGCAGAGACCGGCGGGUCCCCGGCCAGGUAGUGCCCCUUUUCCUUUCUCACCAGGUGACAGUACCCGUGAUCAGGCGGUGCCGCCCAGGGACCCCACGGUGCAACCACUCCGAUACCACCAUGGAGCAUCGCCUGCCCCACCGAACCUGCGGCAUGGCACCAGCCACCGGGGGCUGGUGCUGGCUGGCAUGAACGGGAGCCGGAGUCCUCCUUUGCCUAACAGGAGGGUGGCUAACGGUGUGGAUCCUCCUCUUGCCAAUAACUCCGGUCCUCUCGAGUUUGAUUUACUAACCGCCACUUUGCAACUCUACGGUAGUAGCAGCACAGGGCUCACAUCCUUCUUACCCGGACUGAUGCCACCGGCUGGCCGUUGUCUGCCCAUCCCAACCCGCCUGCCCUUCUGCAGCGUGCUGGGCACCAACCAUUUCAGAUUACCGAAUUACCUCCGCCACAGCAGCGAGGCGGAAAUUCGGGCCGCUUUGCAUGAGUGGGAGGGGCUGCUUGAAUCGCGGUGCCAUCGCUACGUGGAGUGGUUUCUCUGCUUGCUCCUGCUCCCCGGGUGUAGUGCCUCAGUCCCCGUAACCCCCCCGCCGUGCCAGGGCUUCUGCGAGGCCGUCAGAGACCUGUGUUGGAUGCACUUGGCUGGCGGGCACCUGCCUCUGCCUUGUGAUGCUCUCCCCGAGGAGGACGAAGGGUAUUCUUGUGUCUUUAUUAAUGCUUCUGCAGAGAACCUGAGCACCGAGGUCAGCCUCCUGGAGCUGAUCGGAGACCCCCCACCGGAAGAGAUUCUCAAAAUUUAUGGCCCUGACAACAACCCCGGCUAUGUCUUCGGCCCUAACGCCAACACGGGCCAGGUGGCCCGGUACCACCUGCCAAGCCCUUUCUACCGGGACUUUUCCCUUCUGUUCCACAUCCAGCCCACCACCCCCCGGGCCGGUGUGCUUUUUGCCAUCACAGACUCCUCGCAGAGCAUCAUCUACGUGGGCGUCAAGCUCUCAGAGCUGCAGGCAGGCAAGCAGAAAAUCAUCUUCUACUACACGGAGCCGGGCUCGCCAAGCUCAUACGCAGCGGCCACCUUCACUGUGCCCACCUUGCUCAACCAGUGGACGCGCUUUGCCAUCAGCGUGGAGGAGGAUGAAGUAAUUCUCUACCUGGACUGUGAGGAGCACGAGCGGGUCCGCGUUGAGCGCUCCCCGGAUGAGAUGGAGCUGGAAGACGGCUCCGGGCUCUUCGUUGCUCAGGCUGGAGGGGCCGACCCAGAUAAAUAUCAGGGUGUGAUUGCUGAUUUGAAGCUGCAAGGGGACCCGCGGGCGGCUGAGCGCCAGUGCGAGGAAGAGGAUGAUGACACCGAGGAGGUCUCUGGCGAUUUCGGCAGCGGGGCAGAAGGUGGCCACCAACCCUCAGGGAAAGUCGGGGGUGUCCCGGGGCUGGUGGAUGCUGUCCCCGUCACCGCUCCCCCUGUGGUGGCGGGCAGUGGGCCGAGGAGCGGUGGGGGCUCCCCACAGCAAGCCGAGAGGACCAGAGCAGAGGAGACGCUGCGGGUCUCCGCAGGAGGCACUGGCCCCAAAGGUGAAAAGGGAGAGAAAGGCGAACGUGGCCUGAAAGGGGACUCAGGGACCGGAGGCAUCGUGGGGAUGGGCAGUAUCAAGGGCGAAAAGGGGGAGAAAGGAGAACUGGGCAUUAAGGGCAGCGCUGGAUUUGGCUACCCUGGCUCCAAGGGCCAGAAAGGGGAACCGGGUGAACCCGCCCCCCCCGGGACCCUCUCACGGCACGCCGAUGGCUCGGUGGUAGAGCAGGUCACCGGUCCCCCAGGGCCACCAGGGAAGGACGGAGCCCCUGGCAGGGACGGCGAGCCCGGCGAUCCUGGUGAGGACGGCAAACCUGGCGAUAUGGGGCCCCAGGGGUUCCCCGGGACACCGGGCGAGCCCGGUCUGAAGGGGGAGAAGGGUGACCCAGGUGUGGGACCAAGGGGACCCCCUGGACCACCUGGCCCCCCAGGACCACCAGGACCCUUCUCCAAGCAUGACAAGCUGACCUUCAUCGACAUGGAGGGCUCUGGCUUCGGCAGUGACCUGGAGAGCCUGCGGGGUCCACGAGGGCCACCCGGUCCCCCAGGGCCACCCGGUGUGCCCGGUUUGCCAGGGGAGCCAGGACGGUUUGGAAUGAACCACACGGACCUGCUGGGACCGCCGGGGCUGCCAGGCAGGAACGGGACCCCCGGGCCCCCAGGGCCAGUGGGUCCUCAGGGUCCUCCUGGAAGAGAUGGGGCAGCUGGGCAGCCAGGGCCCAAAGGAGAGCAGGGCGACGUGGGCGACCUUGGCCUCCCCGGUGCACCAGGACCCAAGGGCAACAAGGGAGAAAUGGGACCAGCAGGAGCCCCAGGAGAAAUGGGUUUAGCUGGCCUUCCUGGGCCCAUCGGACCCCGAGGGCAGCCAGGGCCCCCCGGUCCCCCAGGACCACCGGGGAGAGGCUACGAGGCUGGAUUUGGCGACAUGGAGGGCUCGGGGCUGCCAUUCACCGCUGGCUCCCCUGGACCACCCGGACCUGAAGGACCACAGGGAGUGCCAGGACUGCCAGGGAUGAAGGGGGAGGUUGGGAGCCCUGGGCAGCCCGGCUUGCCGGGACUGAAGGGAGACGCUGGUGUACCCGGCGUGGAUGGCCGGCCUGGCCUGGAGGGCUUCCCCGGACCACAGGGACCCAAAGGUGACAGAGGCAGCCCCGGCGAGAAGGGCGAGCGAGGCCAAGAUGGUGUGGGGCUGCCCGGGCCCCCUGGUCCACCUGGUCCCCCUGGACAGGUCAUCACUGUCUCUAGUGAAGAUAAGUCUUUGGUGGCUUUGCCCGGUCCAGAGGGCAGACCAGGUCACGCUGGCUUCCCGGGCCCAGUGGGACCGAAAGGCGACCGGGGGUCAUCUGGUCCCCAGGGCUCUCCGGGGUUGAAGGGGGAGAAGGGGGAGCCUGGUGUCAUCAUCAGCCCCGAUGGGACCGUGGUCACUGCGAAGGUGAAAGGAGAAAAGGGGGAGCCGGGGCUGCGGGGACCGAUGGGACCCUCGGGUCCCCAGGGACGAGCAGGGAUGAAGGGAGAGAUCGGCUUUCCGGGCAGACCCGGACGUCCCGGCAUGAAUGGGCUGAAGGGUGAGAAGGGUGACCCCGCAGAUGUCAGUAGUGUACUGGGCUUGCGGGGUCCCCCAGGGCCCCCAGGGCCCCCAGGGCCCCCUGGGCCACCUGGCAGCAUAGUCUACGACAGCAGCAAUGCCUUCAGCGACUCCAGCCAUCCCGCGCUGCCAGCCUUCCCCGGUUUCCACCAAUUUCCAGGACAAAAGGGAGAGAAAGGUGAUGCUGGAGCCCCGGGACCCCCAGGCCACUUCCCCUACGACCUGAGUCACUUCAGUGCCAGCCUGCGGGGUGACAAGGGGGAUGCAGGUCCCAAGGGUGAGAAAGGCGAGUCAGGCAGCACCCCACUCUACGGUCCCAGCAUCUCUGGGCUGCCAGGGCCUCCAGGGCCCCAGGGCUACCCUGGGCUGCCGGGUCCCAAGGGGGACAGUAUCGUUGGGCCACCAGGGCCUCCCGGACCUCAGGGCCCCCCCGGUAUGGGAUACGAGGGGCGGCAGGGCCCCCCUGGCCCUCCCGGCCCCCCUGGUCCACCCUCCUUCCCAGGUCCCCACAGACAAGCUAUCAGUAUCCCUGGACCCCCUGGACCACCGGGACCCCCUGGACCACCAGGCACCAGUGGGGUGUCCUUGGGGCUGCGGACCCUGCCGACCUACCAGGCGAUGCUGAGUACUGCGCACGAGCUGCCCGAGGGGAGCCUGGUCUUCCUGACCGACCGGCAAGAGCUCUACGUCCGCCUGCGCGGGGGCUUCCGACGGGUGCUGCUGGAGGAGCACACCCUGAUCCCCAGUUCAGCUCUGGACAACGAGGUGUACGACAAGCCGCCCAGCAUCCACUAUGCCGGCCCCCAGCCCCCCCUCCAACCCCGCGGACCCCUGCACCCCCUCCACAACCACAGCCCCCCACCCACCGCCCGACCCUGGCACGGGGAUGAGGUGGUGGCCAACCAGCACCGCCUGCCCGAGCAACCCCUGCUCCACCACCAGCACGAGCUCCUCAACAGCUACUACAUCCACCGCCGGCCGGAUCCGGCCCCCGUGGCCGCCCACGUGCACCAGGACUUCCAGCCUGCCCUUCACCUGGUGGCCCUGAACGCCCCGCUGAGCGGUGGCAUGCGCGGCAUCCGGGGAGCCGAUUUCCAGUGCUUCCAGCAAGCCCGGCAGGUCGGGCUGGCCGGCACCUUCCGCGCCUUCCUCUCCUCCCGCCUGCAGGACCUCUACAGCAUUGUGCGCAGGGCCGACCGUGCUGCCGUGCCCAUUGUCAACCUCCGGGACGAAGUGCUCUUCAGUAACUGGGAAGCCCUUUUCACGGGCAGCGGGGCCCCACUGCGAGCCGGCGCCCGCAUCCUCUCCUUCGACGGCCGGGAUGUCCUGCGGGAUGUGGGAUGGCCACAGAAGAGCGUCUGGCACGGCUCGGAUGCCAAGGGUCGGCGCUUGCCCGAGAGCUACUGCGAGACGUGGCGGACAGAGGAACGCGCCGUCACCGGCCAGGCUUCCUCGCUGGGCUCUGGUAAGCUGCUGGAGCAGAUGGCCAGCAGCUGCCAGCACGCCUUCGUCGUCCUCUGCAUCGAGAACAGCUUCAUGACCGCUGCCAAAAAGUGACACCCUCCCGUCCCCUGGGUACCCCACAUCUCCCUGGGGAGGGUCGGGCCAGCCUGCACCCUGGCACCCCUGUGGUCCUCAGUCCCCCCCAUGCACCUGCCCUUGCCCCGCAGGGUUUUCUUCUCCCACAGACCUGAAGCCAAAGAGUAUCGCCAUCACCCCUGCCCUGGGUUGGCAGGGGCUCGCAUCCCGCCUGGGGCAGGGCAGCCAUGGGCUGGCUGCCUUCCUCUUCCUCCUCCUCAUUUCCCUCCACUUCUCUUCUAACUCCUAAUAUUUAACCACUUCAGCUUGCAUCUCCCACCUGCCUGCAUGCUCUUUUCGGGGUGGCUGGGCGAGAGGAUGCUUGGCAGGGAGAUUUCAGCGCUGCCAUGCGGUGUGCCCUCCUGGAAAGCCUGCGGGGGGGGUCUCUGACACCCCCCAGCCCCGCACUGUCCUCGCCAGGAGCUCGGGGUUGGACCCAAAUCCUUGCUGCUGGGGCCACGGGGUCUUCUCCAGCUGAAACCCAGGCACCCCACCCAAGCAAGGGACCGUCCCGUGGUGGUGCUGGGGCUCCCCCCUAGAUGGUCUCCGCCCUCCCCAGGUAAGGACCAUCCCACCCAGUCCCUCAUCAUCAUCCUCACCAGUAGCUCACGAGUCCUGGGGGGGGUCUGGUCUCCCCAGUUCUCUCUGCACACCCUCGAGACCCCUGGCCGUGCCCCCACAUCCCGGGUACAGCCACACUCAGGCCAGCGCGCAGACCGGGGCAAUGGGGUGGCCCCGACGUGGGACCAGACGUGCCCUUGGCGUGUGUUUACAUGCAUGUGCGUGUUGAGCAUGCAUGGUACCAAGGGCAGGCACCCCGCCAUCACCCCCCCUCCCCGUGCCACCUUUGCUGCACUCUAAGGGCCAAGGCGCAGCAAAGCUACUUUGAAUUGUUGUGGGCAAAUCCAAGGUGCUAAAAAACAAAAAAAGAAAGAAAAAAAGGUAAAUCUGUAACUAGCUUUUUAUUAUUGUAUGGAAAUUAUUACCAUAAAAGCUGUGCGAGUCACAUGGUCUCUAUUUCUUACAGUCUACUGUAUUUUGUGUAAUUAAUGCAAUUUAAAGCCUGUGGAUUUUUUUUUUUUUUUUUUUGGUCGGUUGUGUCCUAUGAAUCAUUUUCUAAAGGCACUGAAUAAAAAAAUGUUAUCCUCUUGUA